GUUUAAUUCUUUUCCGGUCAAGGGCCCAGGCACAACUCGUAUCCAUGUGACUCGAUAAUACAACGCCCCGUUCUUGCCCUCAACUUCGUUCCUUUAAAUGUCUUGACGCCCGCCCCGCUGUAUAUCUCCAGCGAUCUUCCUCUCCGUUCGGUGUUUACCCCACGCGACUUCUCGUCGCCGUCGCGAACAUGCACAACCGCCGAGGCUUCCAAACCGUGAUCCUGCUUGCGCCCGCCAUAUUUCUCCUCUUCCCGCUCUCGCUCGUCACCAUCGCCCUCGAGCGCACCGCAGCCAGUCUUUUCACCUUCCAAACCAGCCAAGGAUAUCGCUACUACAGCGGAUAUGGCCGCCACACCAUCACCGUGUAUGGCCCGCGCACGGCGACCCAACCCGAGGAAGACUGGAGCAGCAUCAGAAUCGUAGUCGACGUGAACUCGACUUCCGCGUAUUGCUUCAUCGCCGUCAGCAUCGCCGCAUGCAUCUUCUCCCUGAUCUCCGCGUGUGGGAUCUGGGAACUGCGUACCAUCCAGGGACCCCAGAGGCAUCAGCGCAUAUGGAGCUGGACGAACCUCAUGACGAAUCUCGUGACGGCGGUGGCGUCUAUUGCGAUUCUGAUCUAUGCGAGCGUUGUUCAAAGCACCGAGGGUUGGAAGUCGUAUGAGGAUGUGGGCAAGGAGUUUCGCUUCACGCGCGAGACUUGGUCAUGCGACAUCAAGAAAUUCUAUCGCACGGAGGAUUGGGCUGGUGUUGCCUGUGGAGUUGCGCAAACAUCGAGAUACAUUCUCAUACCUUUAGCCAUUUCCGCCCUUCUAGUCAUGGUAUCUACCUGGAUCCUGGUCCGUGAUCGCGGAGGCAUGAGCUGGCUGUUCGGCGGGAAGGGAAGGUAUGCUGGUUUUGAGGAUGCCCCCAGCGUGGACAACAUCGCGAUGUAUCCCCCACCACAGGUGUAUUACCAGCAGCCGAAUCAGCCGGGACAGAUGUAUCCGCAGCAGAUGCAGGCUCCUGUUCAGGGUAACCCGCAAUCACCACAGUCCCCUGCGCCUGCGCAGACACAGACCGAAACCAAAGGCAACAUGCCGCCACAGACAGUGUGGGGAUAAGAAUGAAAUCGCAAAUGUUCCAUUGCGCCAUCGUUGAGAUUUCUGUUGUUCGUUGAGAUGAUACCCUUGUUUGAGCGUUUCUUUAUCACAUUCCGUCGUAUUGCAUGUCUUGCACAAAAUUCAACAAAUUAUAAAUGUAUAAUUUUCUAACUUUAUUGACCCGGCAUUGACGAGCGCUAGCAUCAUUAGAUUACGAUAUAAUGUAUCAAUGCUCGAGACGCAGUCUCCUAUA